AUGCGGGCGUCCCCCGGAGAAGCCGGCCUGCUGGGCCCCUUGUUCCUCGCGCUGCCCUCCGAGAAGGGCCAGGCGGCGGCUGCCACCGCCUUCCCGAACAUCUUAACCCCAGACCGCAUCCCGGAGUUCUGCAUCCCUCCGCGGCUGAGCAGCCCGGCGCCGGCCAAGAGCCCCGGCCCUGCCUUCCAGCCCCGCCACAGCCUGACUGAGCCGGGCUUGCAGGAGGCGGCCUCCCCCGGCUUUGGCCCCUUCCCGCCCCACCUGAUCCAGGUGGAAAGCGUGGAGGAGGUCCUGGACCUGGAGCAGGGCGGCACCAACUCGGACCCCCAGUCGCAGGCCGCCCUCUCUCUGCCCCACGUGCCCAAGGCCCAGACCUCCUACGGCUUCUGCGUGCUGCUGGAGAGCCCCCACACCCGGAGGAAAGAGUCCAUCUUCCACAGCGAGGUCUCGGGCAGCUCCCUGGUCUUGCCCCGGUCACGGGCCAGCAGCUAUGGUGGCAGGGAGCCAGCUUCCAGCCCGGUGGCCAUCCGCCGCCGGCACCUCUUCAGCAGGCAAGGGGCCUGGGACAGCGACACCGCCUCCUCCAGUGAGUCCUCACCCUUCGGCUCCCCCCAACUGGGCAGGUCCCUCACCCGACCCGGCUGCCUCCUCAGAGCCCGGAGCCAGGAGCGGUUGCUGGGCCAAUCCUGGAGGGCCCGGAGGCGGGCUGGCACCACGCGGGCUGGCUCCUUGUCGAUGGAUGAGGGCAGUUCCACGGACAGCAGCUCCGGGUCUCCCCGGCACUCUUCAGAAAGCCCACUGCCCCUGGCGGCCUCCGGCCUCCUCCCCCUGCCUGCCUUCCCCCUGGACUACCCCUGCGGCCCGGAGCGGCUGGGCAGGGAAGCCACCGUGGCAAUGGACAAGGGGGGGCUGCUGCGCCUCUCCUCCGAGCACUGCCCCACCAACCAGCGCCUCCGCAUCCGCCUGAUCAGCGUGGAGGGCCUCUACCGGGCGGCUCCCCUGGAGCCCAAGAGCAUCAACUGCUGCAUCAGCUUUUCGCUCCUGCCGGGCAAGAUCCAGAAGCAGCGCAGCACCGUCAUCAAGCGGAGCCGCAACCCCAUCUUCAACGAAGACUUCUUCUUCCUCGGUGUGUCCGAGGACCACCUGCCCCGGCUCUCCGUCCGGAUGAAGGCCUUGAACAAAGGGGGGAACAUGAAAAGGGACCUGGUUUUGGGGGAGAGCGAAGUGCCUUUGAUGCAGAUUUUAGCCGCCUGAGAAACUCACGGCCACCCCCAGAGAU